AACAAAGUCGUUUGUUCGUAUCCUGAAGAGACGUGCGCAUGUCCAUCUGUAUGACAGUGCGCUUAUAUAUUAGCCUGUAAAAUAGCAAUAGCAAAAGAAGAAAUUAGGGAAACAAAGAAGUUUAAUGUAACAGAAUUAAAAAGCUAUGCAACCAAGCAACGGUUAGACCUUUUUACGUAAAAAAGGCAACUUAACAGUAGUUGUGGCCCUGAAUACUAUAGAAUUUUCUAAAAACUUACUAACAGUUGAACAGGUAAAAUUAAACAGUUUAUCUCAGACAGACCAUGGUGAUGAAAAUAAACAAAAUUCCUGAAAAAUAAACAUCGUAUUUUACGGCGAGGAAUUACUUUGAAGACAACAAUGUCGUGAUACCUCUGACAUACAAACUACAAUUAAGAGGAAUAAAAACACGAGUGAUCACUCCUUGCUAUCGAAGAAAUGUACAGUCCUCUAUGGAAGUCUGUAUAAUUUAUCGUCAUUGAACAUACUGAAGAAAUGUCCCGCGUUUCGACUAACAUUCUCUCAUGGGGAUAUAUGGGUCAUUACUUCACUAGAGACGCACUGCUGGAAUUGCAACUGGAUAAACAUUCUCGAAUACUGGAUGUCCUGGCAGGAACGGGACUUCUUGGAAUGGAGAUAAAGGAGUUUGGUUAUGAGAAUGUAGACAGUUUGGAUGGUUGUGCUGAAAUGUUGGAAAAGGCUAAAGAGAAAGGAAUUUAUAAACGCUAUUUUAUUUCAUUGUUAGGAGAAGGCCAUACUUUACCCAUUCAAGAUGAUACGUAUGACGUUGUCAUCAUGAGUGGAGCUAUAGGUAAAUGCCACAUUUAUCCUUCCAGUAGUUUUCCUGAAUUGAUUAGGGUUAGCAAGCCAGGUGGUUUUAUAGUAUUUCCUGUUAGAACAGACUUGAUGGAUGAUGGAAAAUAUGUUGGUGGAAAUUUCACCACGGAUCUUGGAAUAUUUGAGAAAGCUGGGAUAUUAAGAAAUGUUCGAGAACCAAAGUUUUAUGAAGGAUAUUUUAAAGGAAUCGAUUGUUUUACUUACAUUAUGAAAGUUUUGAAAUAAACGAGGUACUGACCUUGAAAUUACAAAUUUUAAGAUCUGAAGAAUGUUAUGCAGGAUAUCCAGUGAAUGGGAUUAGCAAGUGAAAAAACUAAAAAAUAAACGCCAUUUCCUACGUA